AUGUUUCGUAAUAGAAGGAUCUUACUUUAUGCAAGGCGAUUCUUUCUUGUAUGGAUUUGUUUCCUAUUUAUAACAUCAUGGAGUUUGAUCCAAAGGCAUCUGAAGAACUGGUUGGUGCAAGCACCAGACCUUAAAUUGUCGGGAUCACUACAAGACACUGGGAUCAAGGUACGAGAUGUUAGGAUAUCCAAAUGUUAUUCUUGGUUUAGCAACUGCGAUGCGAUUUGGGAUUACAGUUUACAGGAUGAUUUAGUCACGUGGUAUCGCAUCGAUAUGGGGAAGAUGCAAGACACCUCUAUUGGACAAGGCUUUGGGUGGACAAGUUAUGUUUAUUGGCAGCCCUUAUACCCAAACGAACGUGGAUCGGCUGUAGUAGAUCUUGCUUUGAGUAGAAAUGGACUUCCGUUGGGUUUAGCUAAUGAACGGUAUAACAAGAUCAAAAAUAAUGAUAUCGACGGGUACCAUGUUCAUUCUAAUACGGACAAUGAGUUCUAUGUCAAAGAUGACUCGUCAAAUCGAUUCAAUCCCGAUAUGAAGUGGUCUGCGAAGUUUGGAAACCAUUUAGAGGAUUGGUUUUGGAGGGGUGAUGGGAUCUGGUGUAAGUACGGCCGUAGAUCCAACGGUAUCAAGGAAAUCAAAGCAUUUAUCGGAGAAGACUUCAUUGAAUCAAGACCAAUGUGGAAAGAAAUGGUGCAUUGUUUGCACAGAGAGGGUUACUCGAAACCCAUUUCCAUCAGUUUCCAAAAAUCUCGUCUUGAUGACUUCACUUAUGGUAAAGAGAAAGAUUUGAGUCAGAUCUCAGAGCCAAGCUUGGUUAUGAAACGUGCCGAUUUCAAGAUCUUACAAAUAAGUGAUUUACAUUUUGGCAGACAUAUCGUCUCAGACUCCAGAAAAGAGAAACCAGACUCAAUUUUUAGGUACGAUUGGCCUAAUGUCCAAUUUAUUCAUUCCGUUAUUAGAAACGAAAGACCCGAUUUAGCUGUCAUUACAGGCCAUAUCUUUAAAGAUUUCAACAAAAAUUUAGACUAUGAAAGUCAAAUAUUAAAGAUGGUAUCUCCCAUUAUCAGCAAUGGGAUUCCAUUUCUUUUCACUUGGGGUGAACCCCAAGUAACAACCGAGUUUAAGGUUAACAUUUUAAACUUCAUCAAAUCUUUACCAUUUUGUUUGAAUAAAUUUGACCUCAAAAAUUCAACUUAUUUGAUGCUCCCACUGCUACUACCAGCUAAGACACCUGGCAGUCAAAAACAAAUUGGUACUAUAUUUGCAUUCGAUUCAAAUGUAACAGAAUCGUACAACUUCUUAGAUAAAUUUCCACGAUCACCACAAUCGGUUUACAAUCUAGCAUUUCAGCACUUACCGCUCCAUGAAUAUCGCCCACAGGGUUCAUUUGCACUAAUUGGAAAUUACGAACAGAAAGGCUCACUUGAUUAUAUACCUCACACUAAAGCAUUCAGAAAUCUUUUAGGGGAAAAGGACAUCAAGGCUAUUUCCUGCGGUCAUGAACAUGGCAACGAUUGUUGCGUUCUCUCAGAUGGGAAACAGCAAAAUCUCAAGAACAAUAUGUGGCUAUGUUAUGGUGGUGUCACAGGUUAUGAUCAAGCAUACGAAUCUAAAGUAAGAAUUUUCAAAAUUGACACCGAGAAAAAUGACAUCACUUCAUGGAAAAGAUCUAUCAAAGAUACGUCUAAGGUUUCUGAUUAUCAAUACAUUUGGAGUCGUACCCUAAAUACACAGUAG